AUGACAACAGUAUUCUAUCUCUCUCUCCUCGCCCUCCUCACGACGGCCACUUCAGUACAGACGGCAAACACCACUUUCAGCAAACGCGGCUCCGUACUGACAGACCUGUCCGGCGGAUUCUGUCGGAGCUAUCAGUUCGGCGUAAACAUCGCCAACGAUGUCCUCUACAUGGUCGACCUGGAUGGCGGCCUAGUCCCCGACGACGGCAAUAGUUCCCAUAACUACAUGCUGCAGCUGGACCUGAGCGAGUCGUUUUCGAUGAAUGAUGGCGCAAACUAUAAGAUGAGUCUGGUGGACGCGCAGAUCCCCGUGCUGAAGGAUCAGGCGCUGUGGUCUAGUCGGGAUAAUAGUUCCUUGUUCUUGUAUGGUGGACGGCGGGCGAGUAAUAUCAGUUUGGAUGAGAGGGUGUGGAGGUAUGGCAUCCAGGAAGGGACGUGGGAGGUGCAGGAGACGAGUGCGGUGCCUGUGCGGUAUGAUGGUGGGGUGAAUGUCAAUGUCCCUGAGUUGCAGAGCGCGUACUGGCUCGGUGGGUAUCAGGAUUCCUCGACAACAAUCGCCAUCACCGAUAGUCGGCGGGUGUAUGCCACCAGCAUGGUGGAGUUCAACACAACCACUGGCGAGAUCGUGGAGCUCAAGGCCCCCGUGACGCCUGUUCAGGAUGGGGCGUUGGUAUAUAUCCCCGUGGGAGAGCAAGGGCUGCUGGUGUUUCUGGGCGGGGAGACGCCCUCGAUGGUCAAUGGCACGAAUGCGACUAUGGCCGUGAAUAGCUGGAACUAUGUCCAGGUCUACGACAUUGCCUCCGGCAGCUGGUACAAUCAGUCGACGAGCGGCAGCGUGGCCUCGCGCACGCAGUUCUGCGCCACCGUCCAGCACGAUCCGUCCUCCGCCUCGUAUCAGAUCUAUGUGCUCGGCGGCGCCGACUAUCACUCCCAGGACGUGAUCACCGACGUGGACUACCUCUCCAUCCCCUCCUUCAAAUGGUACAACGCCGCCGGACUCAGCGAAGGCCGGAUGACCCUCAGCUGCCAGGCCUAUGGAAGGCAGAUUUUCGGGGUCGGCGGCCGUCUCGCCUGGGCCGACGAUUCAGACGCCGGUUGUUACACCAUGCCCGCGUUUGUCUACGAUGCGCAGUCGGAGGUGGUUCGGUCGGGGUUUGACCCCGGGCUGAUGACAUACUCUCUCUCCUCCGCCACCGCGGCGGACAUCAAGGCCUCGCCAUACCCCUCCAGUUGGGCCAGUCCAGCAUUGAUGGAGCUUUUCGUCUCGCAAAUCAACACCACAUCAGCGACGGCUUCGCCCUCUCCGACGAGCACUAGCGGAGGGGGCUCACAAUCACACACAGGAGCCAUAGCUGGCGGAGUAGUGGGCGGAGUGGUCGGUCUCGCUCUGCUCCUCGCCUUGGGGUAUUUCUUCCUCCGACGGCAGCGCCGGGCUGUGCCUCAAACGGAAGAAAGUCUGCCGGUUGCUGCAGGAAGUUGGGAGAAGGCAGAACUUCCCACCUCGGGGUGUACGGUCAGUGAGGUGUCGGGCGAAGCGGCAGCGAGCGAACUCGAGAGUGAGCAGCUCAUGACGCGCCAUGAGCUGGCGGGCGGCAACGAACGUGUGUAUGAGUUGGAUGCGCAGGGGACGGGUCGGAGAUGAGGUAAAGGGUUUUAGUUCUUAUCAACGACGUUGAUAUGGUGAGAUGUUACACAGGAAGAGGCAGAACUAUAGCUGCUGUCAGCUAUAUGGGGUUGAGUCAUAAUACUCGUGCUGGCGUGCCACCAUAUUGUCACUAAUAAAAG